GACUGUUAAAACGAGGUUGUUGUAGCAUGUGCUAGGAGCGGCAAGGCCAGCAGAAGCUUCUGGAAAAAGUUGGAUUGUGACCGUCGCUAUCAAAAAUGUCUGCUAUCCAUGUUGUUAACCCGAAAGCCGAAGUGGCCAGAGCAGCACAAGCACUGCAGAUAAAUAUAAGUGCUGCUAAAGGACUUCAGGAGGUCCUCAAAACCAACCUUGGGCCUAAGGGAACAAUGAAAAUGCUUGUUUCUGGUGCUGGAGAUAUUAAGCUUACCAAGGAUGGCAAUGUUUUGCUGCAUGAAAUGCAAAUCCAGCAUCCCACUGCUUCAUUGAUUGCAAGAGUUGCAACAGCCCAGGAUGACAUAACUGGUGAUGGAACAACUUCAAAUGUCCUCAUUAUAGGCGAGCUUCUCAAACAGGCUGAUCUUUAUAUUUCUGAGGGACUGCAUCCUAGACUUGUGACAGAAGGAUUUGAACUAGCAAAAGGAAAAGCACUAGAGAUUUUAGAAAGUAUAAAAGUGCAGAGCAAAAUGGAUAGAGACACACUAAUAAAUGUUGCAAGAACAUCACUCAGGACAAAACUCACCAAGGAUAUCGCAGAUCAUCUAACAGAGAUUGUUGUGGAUGCUGUCCUAGCGAUUAGAAAUGAAAACGAAGAUAUAGAUCUUCAUAUGGUCGAAGUAAUGGAAAUGAAACAUAAAACGGAAGUCGAAACGAAAUUAGUAAAAGGGCUGGUGAUGGACCAUGGUGCAAGGCAUCCUGAUAUGAGAAAGAAAGUCGAAGAUGCAUUCAUUCUCACAUGCAAUGUUUCACUUGAAUACGAAAAGAGCGAGGUAAAUGCUGGCUUCUUCUACAAAAGUGCAGAAGAUCGAGAGAAGUUAGUAAAAGCAGAGCGAGAAUUUACGGACAGGAGAGUGAUGCAAAUAAUCGACUUAAAGAAAAAAGUCUGCGAAGGAAGUAACAAAGGUUUCGUAGUCAUAAAUCAAAAGGGAAUUGAUCCUUUUUCACUGGACAUGUUAGCAAAGGAAGGCAUUUUUGCCUUGCGACGAGCAAAGAGACGAAACAUGGAAAGGCUUGUCCUUGCUUGCGGUGGGAUGGCCAUGAAUUCCUUCGAUGAUCUUUCUGCAGAGUGCCUAGGACAUGCUGGAGUCGUUUAUGAGCAUGUUUUGGGCGAAGACAAGUUCACGUUUAUCGAAGACGUACCAUAUUCGAAGUCGGUUACAAUUCUGAUAAAAGGACCAAACAAGCAUACAGUUACAAUGAUCAAGGAUGCUGUUCGAGAUGGACUGCGUGCUGUCAAGAACGCGCUUGAAGACAGUGCGGUUGUCCCAGGAGCCGGAGCAUUCGAAGUUGCCGUCAGCGAAGCACUGGAUUCUUUCAAGAAUACUGUCGCAUCAAGAGCAAGAUUAGGUGUCAAGGCAUUCGCAGACGCCCUGAUGAUCAUUCCAAAAACACUCGCAAGGAAUUCUGGUUAUGAUGCACAGGAAUCCGUAGUCAAACUCCAGGCUGAGUAUAAGAGCUCCAAUGUUCCCGUUGGAAUCGAUCUUAGUACAGGCGAGCCAAUGAACCCAGCGGAUACAGGGAUAUGGGAUAACUAUCAAGUUAAAAAGCAGCUUAUCAAUUCAUGCUCUGCCAUUGCUGGUAAUAUUCUUUUGGUCGAUGAGAUGAUGAAAGCUGGAAUGUCUUCACUUAAAGGCUAAGUAGGCUCAGAGAGUCAAUAUUCUGGUCACGUUUCUUGGUUAGCGGACGGCAGCAAGAAAAUAGCAUGGAUACCAUGAUGAGGACGUGAUGAUCGACAGUUAUUUAAACAGCAACUUUUGAAAUCAUUAAAAUUCAACUGAUAGCUAGAUUCAAUGUUGUAUAUGAAAUUUCAGAGUUUUAUUUGCAUUCUGGAAUAAGAUCCAGCACGUGACAUCUUUUUCUGUCUGAUCUUGACAUUCUCGAUCUUUAUCAAAAUUCAGGGUACGAAGAAUUAAAUUAGAAUCGCAAAUAUGUUUAGAUGUAUUAUGAAGGAUACUUGAAUGGGUGCCCGUAAAGUAGAGAUGAUUCCCGUUUGACAGGAUGAUAAAUGGUAUAUUCAGUUAGACAGGGAACUUUGUUCUGUAAUCAGGCGAUGUCUAUGAAAUAUGUUGUUUGA